UGUCUUUCCUUUGCCCUCAUGUUGGCUGAUAGGCUUUUAAUUCAGACCCCUUUUUUACUUGCAGAUUAGAUCUUAGUUGUGAGGUAAGCACAAAUCGACCCUGACAUCAUUAAUGGAUUACUCUUUGAUUAUUCGCAGGCCCCCGGCCGAAUGUGGGUCAGCUUGGCAUUAGGGUAAAGGUUGUAGUCUGCCUGCUACUGCACUAAUAAGGUUGUCUGUCUGCGUGUGGCGCGGUUGGUGUUUGUUUCUCUCAAACAACAGAGGUUCAGCUUUUCUUCGCAUCACCCUUCUUCCCUUGCUAUCGUCUCCCUGCUCCAGCUCCCCACGUGGACGCUCUUCACAGUGCAACAUGGCAGAAGCCCAAGCAUUCAUUGAGGAAGCUCUGCCUGUGCAGUGGAAAAUUUUCCAUCGACGCAGCAGGAAGACUGGAUGCUCUAAUAUCUUUACGGGGGUCAACUUUCACCAACUGCAGAGGCUGUACAGAGCAGCAGGAGACAGAGAUGCCAAACAUCGAGCAAAGCGGGUGUGGCGGGAGGGAGCAGAGGAGAGGACGGACAAGGAGGGCGAGGAGAGAGAGGAUGAGGCAAGGCUUGCUCAGGCCUUGGUGGGACUCAGAGUCCGAGCAAGGAACAAAGCAGGUAUCAGAGUGGAAGGACACAGAGAUCACAAGUGGCUGAGAGCAUCAGGAUGUGUCAAGACCGAGGAGCCAUUAUCAGACUAUACUGUUGAGGAUGAGGAGACUGCCCCAGUGCCAAGUCAGGGAGAAUUCCUGUUGCCUGCUCCUGCUGAGGAAGACAUCACUGAAAACCAGACGCCAUUAAAACCAUCCUCAUGGAGGGCGGGUGUGGCCAGGCAGGACAGUACCAGUCACUCUGAACACUCACUUCACCGCAUUCUGCACUGAAAUCUAGCAAUGAAACGCACGAUGAAAUUAUGAGUGUUUUUAUACUGUUCUAAUUUUCAUGUACCUGUAUGCAACAUGUUAGACUGCAGUAAAACGCCAUAGUGAAUGAAGCCAACAGUUAAGCAGCAGUGUGUAGUGUCAGCAGUAGUUUAGCAAGGUGAACAUCCUUGAGUGUCCUUGAGCAAGGCACCCUCUACUGCUGCCAUCGCAGCUGUAGAUACUCGUUUCUCCGGGUGGGCAAAUGAAGAUACCGUCGUGGAUGGCACGGAACCAUUUUUUGUAGCAAACACAAAAAUGACGAUUGCAUCUCCCCUUGCAGAAAUAAACAACAUCAACAUUCA